AUGGCACCUGGUUUCACAAACCACACAAGAACUGAGCCUGAGGUGAAUGGUUCGAAGCCGGCAGCAGAGCCGCAGCCUUCUCCUCUCCCAGACCUGGCCGCUGUUCCAUGUGACGAUUGUGACAAGUACAAGGAUGACGAUGCGCUCUCGGACCCUUGCACAGAAACCCGACGAACUCUUACAACUUGCAGCCAAGAUGUCGUCAACUUUACCCAUCAGACGAACACCUCGAACACGGACAAAGAUGGGGAUGCCGACGCUACCCUGGUCGGAAGCGACCCCGUCGACCCCAACGACCUACCGCCUGUCUUCGGCCCGCAGCCUAAAGCUACCGAGACAUCGAUUCGAUUCAAAAGGAAGUGGGAGGCCAAUAUCGGACGAUCGCCUGGGAACGUCGCACAAAAGCACAAACACCCAAAGGCCAUUGACCUGAGCAGAGAUGAGGAAGUCUCGACCGAGUCAAGCGUGUCAUUCAGUCGUCUGACGUAUGCCCUACGCUCUCUGGAAGGCCAGUCUUGGGUGAACGACGAGGCCCUGCGGUCUAUUCUCGGCCGUCUGAACAGCGAUGACUGUCUUGUGACCGAUAGUUGCUCACUUGGAUCAGCCAGCUCGAAGCAGAAGAGACUAGCCAGGGCCAAAAGCCGUACAGUAGUUUCAACCUUUAUCAAUGGAAAGCACUGGGUGCUGUACUCGUGGCAUCGGGAUGCGCCAGCAAUUGAGUACAUGGACCCUUUCAACAAACCUCCGGAGAAGGACGUUACAGAGGGUGUUCUGCGAUUACUCCAGAAAUUGACGGAACUUGACCAACUCCUAGACGUCGUGCCCCGUGAGACAAACAGCUUCGACUGCGGCAUCAUCACCAUGAUCAACGCUUUCAGCGUGGCCACCCGCCUUUCUACUCUGCCGUUUACAUCCACCCCAUUCUCCUCAGUCAAAUCCCGGUUUUAUUUCCGUCAGAUGUUUCUCACGUCACCGGAGAGCAUGCCGCUUGACUUUGCUGCAAGGGUCUGGAGUCUCUCAGCACUCAAUGCGAUGAAAAGAUUGCGUAGGCUAGCAUCCGCUGCUGACCGAAUCCCCAAGUACGUCGGCAGGAUUCAGAAACAAGACCUCUAUCUCAGAGCUCAUUUAUCGAUACUGGCAACGCAGCUGCAGCAGGGCCACGAUAAGCACUACAAGAAGUUUCAGGAGAGUCAUCUACGCGCCCAGGAGACCUUGGAGUUCAAAACGGGCGUCAAACGUCGCAUCGACAGACUCGAGAAAGCCAUUGCGUUGGCAGGCUUCGGAAACGGGGGCCGCGAGCUUGGCCCGUGGUGCUGGCCAGACAAUAGACCUUUGACAGUUUCCAUUCUCAUGCUGCGACACAUGGGAAGAAGAUAUGCCGCGGUCGAGGAGAAGUAUCAGAGAUUCUUACAGUGUCUCAAGGCCAUUGACUAG